UUCAUUUGUUUUUGUUUGUUUAUCGUGGUACGAGAAGAGGAAGAACAGAAGUAAUGUACAGUGCUUGCCAUGGAGUCAGAAGACAAUACUGCCGUACAGAUAAAUGUUAUUGGUCUAAUCACUUCGGUGGAAUAUCAGAAAGCCAAAUUGUGUGUCGAGCGUCUACAUCGCCAUCUUCCUUACCUCUUCUCAAAACCUGUUAUUCGUGGUAUGCUGGAGUUUGACUGGGAGGAAUUCAUCAUGAGGCAGAGGCGCGAGUAUGGUCAUGAACUAUGGGCAAUAAAGGAACCAGUGAUAAUUACGACUGACAGUGGCUACAUCCGGGGAUGUGACAAGUUCUUAAAUGAAAUAGCCACAUUUUGUGGUAUCCAACUCUUGGUUGAAACUGCAGAUUACUACAGGCCCAUGUUGCUUGACUAUGUGGACACUUUGACUAAAACAAAGAGGACACAUGUUUACAUGGACUUUACAAUUGGCAAACAUCCUGCUGGAACCAUAAUAUUCCAGUUGUAUUCUGAUCUGCUACCAUUGACUUGUGAGAAUUUCAAGUGCUUGUGCACUGGUGAGAAGGGUGGAAAUGAUGAAGGUAUACUUUUACACUAUAAGAAUACACUCAUUCACAGAGUUGUCAAGAUGGGUUGGCUUCAAGGAGGUGAUAUUGAAAACCGCAUUGGAGGAGGUGGUGCUUCCAUCUAUGGGCGUACCUUUCCUGAUGAGAGUUACUGCAUCUCCCAUAAUCGCCGUGGAGUGCUCUCUAUGGCUAAUGAUGGACGGCACACCAAUGGAUCUCAGUUCAUCAUCACUCUGCAGCCUGCACCCUGGAUGGAUUACUACUAUGUUGCAUUUGGACAAGUUGUAGAAGGUGAAAACACACUAAAAUUACUAGAAUCAGUGAACACUGCAUAUGAAAGGCCUUUGGCAGACAUAGAGAUCACAGGCUGUGGUGUGUUUGAUGUAUCAGAAGUGGAAGAAGAAACAGUAAUACAGCCUGACAGAUGUAUAGAAGAAGUACAAGACAAGCCAGAGACUCCUGAGGAAGCACUCAUUAGAAGGGAAGAAAGCACAGAAGAAACUUCUAUAGUUAUGGAAGACAUGAAAGAAACAGCAGAGGCUGGGGGAGCUAAGAGUUUCAAAGUUUAUGCAACGGAAAUAGCUGUAAGACGAGGCUAAAUAAAUGUGGUGUACCAAAGGAAA